AUGACAUCUUACCCAUCCUCUAAAAAUUUAAUAACAGGAAAAGCUGCACUAAGUGAAAGCGAAGAUGAGGAUAACAGUUAUGACCCAGAGUCAUCUAUUGAACCGAAUCAUGUGGAAAUUUUAAUGUCUUUUAAGAAAAGAUAUACCAACAAACAUUUUUCAUACAUUAGAACUCUAGUGUGUAAAUUAAUUAACGGAGAAACCUUUACAACGUUAGCUCAAAAGAGACAGAAUGCAGAGUACUUCUAUCGAAUUGAUGAUAUUUCUCUUGGAAGAGCAAAAUAUGCAAUUCCUGUGGUGAAUGAAAAGAUUUUAGCAAAUUCACAAGUUUUGAAUAUUCCAAUACAACAGAUUUUGGUGAAGGAAUUUCUAAGGAGACAAAAGAAAAUGUGGCUGCUUUGA